AUGGAUGACCAGAUCAUCUCAGCGAUUCAGAUCGCUUACAGUCCUACCUCGGACCCUACCCUCAAGCGGCAGGCAUUCGACUAUGUCAACCAACUCCGGCAAGAGCCUUCCGCAUGGCAGCCGUGCCUGUCCAUAUCCCUCCAGGUCCCUCGUCAGCCUAUGGUGAUUCGGAUAUUCUGCCUGGAGAUCGUCAACAAUGCCUUACAGGCAGGACUGGUGGAUCAGGCGGGGUUGAAGGUCAUUAAAGACCAACUGAUGGCCUAUCUGCAUAAAUUCUACGGAUCAUCUACAGAAGAAGAAAUACCCGACCCGGGAACAAUUCUCAACAAAUUCGCCCAGACAAUCACACUCCUCUUUGCGGCAUUCUACGGCUCGGGAUGGGAGACAUGUUUUGAUGACCUACUUGCUUUGACUUCAAAAGAGACUGGCACGAGAUACAACUAUCCGGGUGUUGUUUUCUACUUGACGGCACUCAACUCUAUCCAUGAUGAAAUUGGAGACGUUUUAUUGUCAAGAUCUCCUGACGAGCAGGAGCGCGCAAGCACUCUGAAAGACCUCGUCCGAGAGCGUGAUGUACAGAAAAUUGCACGAUCUUGGGAGGAGAUAUUGUCGCAAUGGAGAAGUUCGAAUGAUGUUGUGGCCGAGCUCUGCCUCAAGGCUGUUGCAAAGUGGGUUAGCUGGAUCGAUAUCUCUCUGGUGGUGAACCAGCAGAUGCUUGAAUUAUUGUUCCAUCAGUUGGAGCGCGCUCAGAAAGUCAAUCCUCGACCCGGCGAGGAAAUGGCUCGUGAUGCUGCCGUCGACGUCUUCACCGAGACGGUCGCGAAGGGUAUGCCCGCGGCUGACAAGAUCAACAUGAUUACCUUUUUGGACCUCGAAACAGUGGUUUCCAAGCUGGUGACUUGUCCACCUUUGCGUGACAGUAGAGCUUCAAAUUACGAUGUCGAUCUUGCUGAAACGGUGGCCAAGCUUGUCAAUACUACAGUGGCAGACCUUGUCAAGAUUUUGGAUACUGAAAUUCAGGGCUCCCAAACGUGGAUCAAAGCUGAACAGUUGCUGGAGGCUUUCCUACCGCACCUUCUACGUUUCUUUUCUGAUAUCUUUGAUGAAGUCUGUUCCACUGUCCUCACCGCGAUGAAUGAUGUUCUCGCUUUUCUUCGACGGACUAGCGCCAAUUCCGGAUCCGAUCAGUGCGCAGCUAUGCUUCUGCCAAUACUUAAAGCCAUUUUCACAAAAAUGAGAUACGAUGAUACAGCAGAUUGGAACCAAGAGGACGAGCAGACCGACGAAGCGGAAUUUCAGGAUCUGCGAAAGAGAUUGGCGUCUCUUCAAGCGACGAUUGCUGGUGCAGACGAGCAGCUCUAUGUCCAAGCCAUCUCAACACUAGUCCAUGAGACAUUUCAGAGACUCAGAACUCAAGGUUCACAGCUCGACUGGCGCGAUCUAGAUCUGGCUCUCCACGAGGUGUAUCUUUUAGGUGAUCUCGUCGGAAAGGGUGGAGGACUCCAGAAGAUUAAGCCAAAUACUCCAGCAGCCGAAAAUUUGACUCAGAUGAUGCUGGAGAUGGUUCAGUCAAACGUUGGCUCUUUUGGUCAUCCUGCGAUUCAGCUUCAAUUCAUGGAAAUAUGUGUCAGACACAGUACCUUCUUCGAGAAGCAGACCGAGUAUAUACAACCGGUCCUACAGGCUUUCCUUCAGCUUGCACAUCAUCCAAGCUUGAAGGUGAAAGCCCGAGCUUGGUAUCUUACACAGCGUCUGAUCCGCCAGUUGCGAACUCACCUUGGAGAUGCAACCGAAGUGGUAGUUCACAGCUUACAGGACAUUCUCGUCGUCCGAGCGGAGAUUCCCAAGGAGUCCGAGGGGGAUGACAUGUCAUCAGACAAUGAGUCAAGUGCAGACUCGACAUUUCAAAGCCAGCUCUAUCUGUUCGAAGCCGUGGGAUGUAUAUGUGGUGCGACAUCAGCCGGGCCCGAUAAACAAGCGCAAUACGUGCAAGUCGUCAUGCAACCAUUGUUCUCUGAGAUCGAACGCAACCUCGAGUCUGCAAGGACAGGGAACGAACUGGCCAACCUCCAGAUACACCACUCAAUCAUGGCGCUCGGUACGAUAGCUCGGGGUUAUUCCGAUUUCACCCUAGGUGCCGCCGCACGGCCUGCUGGAUCUGAGCCCGCUUCACAGGCCAAGCAAGCUUUCGCACAGGUUGCAGAAGCAACAUUGGUCACUCUGACUGCACUGAAGUCAUCGUUCCAGAUUAGGACGGCUGCAAGGUUUGCCUUUUCACGCCUGGUUGGCAUUGUGGGCACUCAAAUGAUGCAACAGCUGCCUCAAUGGGUGGAAGGUCUUUUGACCGAAUCGUCAACGAGAGAUGAGAUGGCAUUGUUCCUUCGACUACUCGACCAAGUCAUUUACAGUUUCAAGAAUGACAUUUCCAAUUUCCUUGAUCGCCUGUUUUCGGGCCUCCUGCAAAGAGUCUUUGCUGGAAUGUCUGCAGGUACUUCGGGAACAGAUGAUGAGAUUGAACUGGCUGAAUUGAAGCGAGAGUACCUCAACUUCCUGAUGAUCAUUCUUGGAAACGAUCUUGGCGCCGUUCUAGUCAGCGCGACCAAUCAACCUGUUUUUGAAUCUGUCAUCAGUUCGAUUGAACAACUCGCCCGAGAUGUCGACGAUUUUCCUACUGCCAAAAUGGCAUUCAUUGUCCUGUCAAGAAUGUGUACCGUCUGGGGCGGACCGGACGUGGUCUCCGCAACUGGUCAGGUGACUGGCAACGGAGCCGCACCUCAGCCGGCACUUCCAGGCUUCGACCAGUUCAUGAUAACUAGGUUCUCGCCAUUGUGCUGGGCUUUGCCGACUAACCCGGCAUUCAACAGCAAGGAUGCCCAAGCCCGUCAAGCACUUUCUGAAGCGGCAGGUUUACAAAAGACGAUUUAUCUAAAGACUGGCCAACAAUACCUUUCUUGGCUUCAGGAAAAUGAAUUGCGAACGAUGGGUAUGAAUGAUAGCAUGAUCUCCGAUUACUUGCAGAAACUGGCAACCAUGGAGCCCAAGGGCUUCAAGGCUUUCUUCGCCAAAUUCAUUGCACAGGGAGGACAGUUGUGA